AUGACUGAAUACGACUACUCCCUAGAGGCUGUACAAGCCUACCAUGCCAAGCUGCAGGGUGUACGGCGAUGGGUGAACAGGACCAACGAAAGCCAGUUAACCAACCCAUUCACCAGUGUGCCCACCGACGCUGGAUCCGUCGCUGGCGACAUCCCGCGGAGCCGUAGCAAGCAUCGGAACAGGAAGACGUCGUCGAGACAUCGUUCCAAGUCGAGGACGCCCGGCGUCCCAAUCAAACCCGCUAACUACCCUUACGCCACUCACUAUUACCACUCGCAGUACAGACUGCCGAAUUACCCUGCUCACUACGUAGCAGAGAUGCCACCUCCCCUACCCUUUACCCCGCCUUUCGUUUCGGCAGCACAGUACAUUCCGAAUCAGAGUUACUCCAGACCUGUCGUUCCUAUAGUGUAUGCCCAAGGACACGCUGUUCCUCCUCAGCGAUCUGCAUCUCGUAAACAACACCAAUACGCGCCGGCACCACCUCUGCCACCCCCACUACGAACUUCUCCAAAGACUCCGAGUCCCCCAGCAAGCUAUGCUUUGACUCCCAAAAGGAGUGCCCUUUCUCGAUUCUUGGACAAGAUCACAGGUGGUGCGAGGAAGGCUUCGAGUCGACCCAACUCGCCUGCUCCGGACACCAAGAAGCGGCACCACCGUGAGAGGCGCAAUAGCUUCUAG